AUGGCCUCUACCGAUCCUUUCCAGUUGGAGGACCAGACAGACGAGGAUUUCUUCGACAAGCUGGUUGGUGAUGAUGAGUUUGGGCUGGAGGGAUCUGGUUCUGCUUCCAGUGACAUGGCGAGAGCACUUUCUAACAUGAGUAUCGGUGAUGUGGGCACAUCCGUGGACGGGGUCAAAGAAGAGGAUCAGCGGGAGGACAAGAGCGCGGUAGCAUUAGAACCUCAGGAAAAGGAUACCUUUCUCCUCGAGGAGAGUGCUCCCGUCGCCCUGUCUGAUAUUGUUGCUCUCCAUGAGUCUCAGUCUCUCCCAUCCAGUGAUCCUGUCAAGGCUUUGACGGACGUUGGAUCACCGGGAUCAUCAACAGGGAUGAGUGCUGGAUCUAAGGGAACCAGCAUCAAGGAGGUGCAAUGGACUUCAUUUAGUUCUGGUCAAGGACUGUUAGACAUGGGCGGAUCCGGAUCGUAUUCCGACUUUUUCUCCGAGGUUCCAGAUCGAUCAGCUGAUCAAUUGGUGGUGGGUGCGGACAAUCGAAAUGCAUUUGCGGAUGUAACUACACCGUUUGAUCGUGUUGAAACACAUGAUUUCCAAGACUUUUCAGUAGCCAAUUCACAGCCCUCAUACAUGACUUCAUCAGAACAAUCGGAAGCUCAGGCUCAUGUAGUUCAAAAUGAACAAGUGUCAACUGGAAAUGAAUCCGAAUAUUGGGAGAAUGCCUAUCCCGGUUGGAAGUAUGAUGUUAAUACUGGACAGUGGUAUCAAGUUGACAGUUAUGACAUAACCACAAGUGCUCAGGUUGAUGGUAAUAGUUCUGCAGUAGAAAACGACCAAGAAGUUAUACAAGGUACCACUCAGCUAGCCUAUGGCAAUGUUUUCCAUGGCCAAAGAUCGGAGAUUUCCUAUUCACAGCAGACUACUCAGUCAGUUACAGAGACUGUGUCAGAGGAUAUUGCAACUGGUAACUUGCCUAAUUUGAAUCAAGCCUCUAAAGAGAACACUGAGUACCCGCCUAACAUGCUAUUUGAUCCCCAGUACCCUGGCUGGUAUUAUGACACAAACACCUCCCAGUGGUAUUCUUUGGAUUCUUACACUCAAUCUCUUCAGACAACUUCACAUGCUGCUUGGAACCAGCAAGCUCAAGAUCUUGCUGAUGGACUCUACUCAGUUCAAAAUUCAACCCUACACAGCAAUGAAACUGAUCAAUUGGAAUCUCAGACAUUGAACAGUCAAGCUAGUCAAGAUCAGGGAGAUUGGGGUGGAUACAGCAGUGGCUAUCAGCAGCAUAGCAUGUGGCAACCGAAAGAAGAAAAUAAGAGUGAAUCUGCCUCUGGUUUGUCAGGAAGUCAGACUGUAAGUAACUUCUACCGCUCACAAAAUCAAGAAUGGAAGCUUGCCGAUCAACAGAUAGGUCUCCAAACCAAAGAAAUAGUCCCAAGCUCUCUUCACAGCAGCAGCAUUGGCAGUAAUUCUUUUUCAACCUUUGUACCAGCAGAAAGUAGUUAUCAAGUUAGCCAACCAAGAACAGAGCAUAAUCAACAUGCAGAUAUACCGCAGAAUUAUUUUCUACAUCAGAACUCAGUUAACUACUCUCAGCAGUUCUCCCAGAACGAAAGUGCAUCAAAUUCUCAAUUUCCUUAUGUUCCCAAUGGGGGUAGAUCUUUAGAAGGACGUCCACCUCAUGCCCUGGUUACAUUUGGAUUCGGUGGGAAGCUCAUAGUAAUGAAAGAUCCAGUGCAUUUUAGUACGAACUUGGCAUAUGGGAGCCAGGUAGGCCAAGACGAAUGAUGCUUACUAGUCUUCAUCAUGUUUUUCAAUGUUCUUCAGAGAUCCUCUACUUUUUGUUUGAGGAUUUAAUUAAUCUUGAUUUGUAGUACCGCCACUGAUGGCUUUGGUGUUUAUUUAUGUGAAGGAUGCUGGCAAGGGAGUAAUAUGUAUUCUCAACUUGGCCGAAGUUGCCAUGGAAAAUCCCGACUCUUCAGCCAUCAACAGUCAAAGUCAUGAUUACUUCCAUAUUUUAUGCAGACAACCAUUCCCAGGUCCACUAGUUGGCGGUAAUGCUUCUACUAAAGAUCUUAAUAAAUGGAUUGACGAGAGGAUCACAAGCUGUGAGUCAUUGACUAUGGAUGUCAGAAAGGGAGAACUUUUAAGGUUGCUUCUCUCUUUGCUCAAAAUAUCCUGUCAGUACUAUGGAAAACUGCGGUCACCUUUUGGUACAGACCCCUCAUUACAGGUAAAACAAAUUUAUGAUACCAUCAACGAAAGCAUGUAAUGUGUACAGUCUGGUCCUUCUGACACAUCCAUGAUCUAUUCUUUACCUACCGCGAAAUGCUUGUACUUGGUUAAAUACCAUUUCUGGUGUUUUUAAAGCAGAACGCCAUUACCAGUAUUCAUUUAAUUUAUUUUGCUUACUCUUCCUUUCAUUUUGCACCGUGCUCUGUCUUUGAUGGUUCAAUCCCACCGUUGCUCAUUGCUUUUUUCAUUUCUUUCUUCCCUGGUAAGGUGGGUUGGGACUACGAUCUGAUAAUAGGAAACCAAUUCACGUCUGUGGUGGAGGUUUGACUGGAAAUUGACUUCAUUAGGCUCCAGUUAAACAGAUGUUUUUUUUCCUCAUCUUCCUUUCUUUUUAACUAUACCUGUUCUCUGCUUACACGAGGUAUGUAGGUUUAUGGGAAGUGCAUAAAUGAAAAAAGCCUAACGUAAUAAAUUUUUAAGCAAAUGAAACUCUUGAAAGGCAAAUAUGCUGUAAACAAUUUUGUGCAAAUUUUUGUAUCCCUCUAAUGUAGGUUCUAAUUUUCUUCCGCUCUGCUUUCCCUAAAUAUCCAUGGAUGGGCCUCCUAACAUAUGCUGGCUGAAAAUAUUGGAUUGAAUGUCUUUAUUUUAUUUUCCUCUAUUAAUUAAUCUAUGGUAUUUUUCUAUUUAUGUUUUUGCUUUGGACUGCUUUAAUAUAUAUAUUUUUGUUAUGGCCUCUCUUAAACGAAACUUUCACCUAUGCAAUUGCCUCUACCGCGAUGUCUUGUAUGUGCAUUGUUAUCCCAUUCCUGCAUAUGAAUGCAAAUAGGAACAAGCAUCUGCUUGAAUUUUCCCGUUAUCCUAGAAGAAGGGGGAGGGAAACUCAAACAAUGUGGAUCAUCUAUUUUAGGUUUGCCCUUUGCCCAUGCAGAUUUAGAUAAGUAGGGUUGUUUCCAUCUAGAAUAAAUGGCACUUGCCAUUAGGAUUGCUGAUCUUUUGAAAAGAUGGAGCAAUUAAUGACCAUUUUUUGCAAUAAGUUGUGCUGAAUAUUGUUAAUGCUAAACUGUUUUUCAUCAUUUAUGUGGACUUAGAGCCUCCUAGAGGAAGAAACAUAAAUAUCCUUCUUAAAGUUGAAGUUGAGGAAGUGGGGGAGGGGCUCUAUGUGGCAUUAUUAAAUAUUGGUCCACUUCUUUUUUUUUUCCUUUUUUUAAAGGUGGGUUUGACUUUAUUUUUUAGGUGAAGGUGUGGAGGUCCCAUAGUACUGUGUUGGGUGAGGCUUAAUUCUUUGAACCUUCUUGCUCUGAAGUCUGGUUCUGUUUGAUGAUCGUGCUGGCAUUUUGUCAUGGGGAAUUCAGUUCUAAAUGGUUCACAGCUUUUUUAAUGAAAGAAAUGCUUGAUGAGUUAUGAAGAAAAAUGUAGAAGGAUGAAAGUGGCGUCUGAUAAAGUGGUCUGGUAUCUGUGGAAGAAAGUGGGACGGUACGCAUGCAGGUAUUAGAUCAGCAUAUUAUUGGUGAAUGGAGUUGAAAGGUGGGAAUAUAAUUUCAAAACGUCAUCAUCUACAAAUGCUUCAACCAAAUGGAAGCCAGAGGUCUUGGAAACUGGAUUUAUUUGAAUUUUAUUGCAGUUGAGAGACAAAUUGAAGGCCUCAAACUUCAUAGGAACAUACUUCUUUUUUACGAUUGAAAAAUAGGAAAUAUAUGUACUCCCAUUUUUAGAGUUUCUGGACAGCGACCCAAGUGUCUGCCUUAUGCAGUGCCCGACAUGAUUUACCUCAGUGGUGUAUUCAAGCACCUUGAGGAAAUUAUCAGUUUGUAUGUACGUGUCCAGUCACAUGUUUGUGAGGAAAUUCUCAUGCUGAUGCGAUCCUCUUGGCAGGAUAAAGGCUGUUUUUUUGGAAUGCCACACAUUGGAUGACAAGGAUUACUGAAACAUGGUCAACUUGGUGAUCUUUUGAGGUUCUGAAAAGAUAUAAUAAUUUUUUUGUAUAAGUUGGAGCUUGAAGUGACACAUCUUCCCUUUUGGGCAAAUCAAGUGAGAGUACACGGGGAAGAGAUAUAUUAUAUUCGUUUUUUUUUAUUUCUUAGAUGUUGUAUUACUUUAAUUGUAUUCGUAGAUAUUAGUACCUUGCAGAGUGACAGUUGUUCACUGAAACUUUUGGAAGGUUUCCUGCGUUAAUUCCUACUGUACUACAUGUUGUUCCUUCAAUCUUAUAAGUUUUAUGAUUUUUUUUUCCGGCAGGAAACUGAUAGCCCAGAGCUAGCGAUUACUAGGCUUUUUGCAUCAGCUAAAAAGAAUAGUCAUCUCUUGAGAGAAUAUGGUGACCUCACUCAUUGCAUGCAUAAUUUGCCUUCUGAAGCACAGAUUCGGGUAUGAACUUUAUGGAAUGGUAUUUCACGAUUUUUCAGUAUUCAUGAUCUGUGCCUAAUCUUCGUGCAUUCCUUUUUUAGACCACCGCUGUUGAGGUGCAGAGGCUUCUUGUUUCUGGUAGAAGGAAAGAGGCUUUGCAGUGUGCACAAGAAGGCCAACUGUGGGGUCCUGCCCUUGUUCUUGCAGCGCAACUUGGUGAUAAGGUAUGCAUUAUCUUAUCUUUUUCUUGGUAUUUCUUGCUAUCAUAACCUCAUAAAAUUCUUUUUUCUUUGCAGUUUUAUGUUGAAACUGUGAAGCAAAUGGCUCAUCGUCAGUUUGUAUCUGGAUCACCUCUACGGACACUUUGUCUUCUUAUAGCUGGACAACCUGCUGAUGUCUUCUCCACAGACAAUUCUAUUAGUACCUUAGCCGGUGUAAAAAAUGUGCCUCAGCAGCCAACCCAGGUGCAUUUAAUAUGCUGGAUUUUAACUCUCCUCUGUUCUACUGAUCUUAUUCUGACAUUUCUAUUUCUCCGUUGUAUGGAGAAUCAUUUGAUUUUAUAACCAUCUUAUUCAAAUGCAUAAUUACUUGGUAGUUUCUUGUAUCCUUAGAGGUGAGUAUUUUUUUUUCUGAAACUUUAGUUUUUACAUGCAAUGCAGAUUUCUUCCAAUAGCAUGCUAGAUGAUUGGGAAGAAAACCUGGCCAUAAUAACUGCUAACAGAACAAAAGAUGAUGAACUGGUGAUAAUUAAUCUCGGUGAUUGCUUGUGGAAGGAAACGGGCGAGGUAUGUUCCUAGGAGCAUUUCCAUGAGAAAUUUCAUCACAUUUAGACCAUAUUUUUAAUGUAGUUUUACGAUGCAGGUUACUGCUGCACAUACGUGUUAUUUGGUGGCUGAAGCAAAGUUUGAAUCAUAUUCCGACAAGGCAAGACUGUGCCUUGUUGGUGCAGAUCACUGGAGAUGCCCCAGAACAUACGCCAGCCCUGAGGCUAUUCAGGUUGUGGUCACUUCAUUGUCAUUAUUGUUAUUCAUACUGAGAAACAUGUAAAUAGGAUUGCUUGAUACUCCUGCCAUUUCUUCAAUCUUCUGUUGUUGAUUAUGAACCAAGCAGUAAAGUUAGAAGUUAUUUCAUGUUGUUUAUAUUGAGUAUAAAUAUCAACAAAGCUAGAGUUUGCCAUGCAAUCAUGUCCGUGUUUCGAAACAUUCCAUAGUCACAGUUAGCACCUCUUAAGUUAUUUUUAUAUUUUUUAUUUCGCUAUCUCGGUAUUGAAGCAGGUAAACCUUGUUUAUGUUGAAAUGAGUUGAACUUCCAUUGGUGAUCUCUGUGAGCUUCUGGAAUGACUUCUGUGAAGUUCCAUUACUUGAAUCAAUGAGAAAUGAAUGCUAGCUGGAGUAAGGAAUUGCCAACUGGUAAUUGUCUGGUUGUAACCAGUCCGUGGUUGUUAGCCCUGUCCUCUAGGAUGACUCCAAAUGUCAAUAGGAUGGCCAAGCGGCACUGUUCUCGACUUCAACCUUUAUUUCGCCUGCAUAAAAUAGCAAGAAUAUGCUAUAAGAAUUUGGAGGGGUGUAGGAAAUUGGAAAGGAUAAAUUUUUUUUUCUCGAAUACUCACCUUACACUGCAUUAUCACAUUUGGUUGGAGUGCAUUUUUAGCUUGUGCUUCACAGCGCAGAAUAUGCAUCCUAGAGGCAACUUUUUUGAUAAUCAUGGUCCAAUGUAGUGGCAAAUCAUCAGAAAAUCCGUAAUAUUCAGGUUUAUCUGGUAAAAUCUGCACCAUAGUAGCUUUUAGGCCAUUGCAGUUAUACCAUGUUGUUUGUGUGAAAAUGAAAUAUCAAAUUCGUCAAUGGCUUAUCAGGUUCUGAGUAGCUUUUAUGCCUUGGGAUGUCUCUGGUUCAGUCGACUUGUUGAUGAAAGGCCCCUUCCAAACAUCUUCAGCUUGGAGAUGCCGGACACGGUGAUUUAAGAAUGGGCUCAUGAAGUCACGGAGGGUGAGCAGUUUGCUUAGAUCAUGCCAAACUUCGAGGAAAUGAGGCAAAGAGACUUGCUGCUAUGUGGAGGUAUAAAAAAAAGGGUGGUUCAUGGUUGCCAUGACGAGCCUUUUGCCUUGUCAGUGAUGCUCUAACUUGGUGAUAAGGUGUGUAUCCUUUUUGCUGCACUUCGAAGGAGUAGAUAAAAGGGACACCUAUGUUCUGGCGUGAGAUAAGUAGGAUGGAGCUGAUUGUCAUUGAAUGUGCGUGCUUGUUUAUGAUUGGUUUGGCCUUCUUUGGAGGAGGUGGUGACAAUCAUAUGUUCUUUAGAUGAAAUUCGAAGAAUGGAGCAAUGGAUGCCUCGAUUUUGAAAAUUAAAGGGGGUGCAAUCAUCCUGCCAGCCCCAAAGACUGAUGAUUUAUAUGAAGGAUGGUAACUAUCGGUCUGCUGUCCAGGUCAAGUCCAAAGUCGUGGUAGGAUCUGUUGGGGGUUUGGUCAACCAAUGCAGAGGAAAAGGGAGAGGAUCAAGAAGCAGAAAUAUAGAACGGGAGAGUCUUCUGGUUUUUCCACCAACUUUCAAUGACAAGAGCAGCAGGCGGUCUCUCUCCUGUCCGCUUUUCUUACAUAGGAGCCUUCUCGGUCAACUAUGAUCAACUAAGCUUGUAUGAACCUAUGGAUUAACUGCGUAUCAAAAUCUUCUGCCUCUCCCUCUCCCUCUCUAUUUUAAACAUGUGUCUCUAGUUUUUCUUUUUUUGGUUAUUUUUGCAAGCUGAAAUCGAAAUAUUAUGAAUGCGUUGAAUAAUCACUCUCUCUGAUAAUUUUGCAGAGAACUGAAUUAUAUGAAUAUUCAAAGGUGACGGGAAAUUCUCAAUUCGUGUUGCUACCAUUUCAACCCUACAAACUUGUCUAUGCCUACAUGUUAGUUGAAGUGGGCAAAGUUUCAGAUUCAUUGAAGUAUGCGGAACCGCCCUCCUCUGGUGUUAAUUGUCCUUUACCUUUCUUUCAUUCUUAGUAAGCUGGUGAUCGUAGGUACUGCCAAGCGAUCAUGAAGUCAUUGAAGAGUUCCGGUCGAGACCCCGAAGUGGAAACAUGGAAAGGGAUGGUAUCAUCUCUGGAGGAGCGCCUGCGAGCCCAUCAGCAGGUUUUCUUCAGUCAGGCAAGCUUUUAUUCUUCUCUGGCAAUCACAGUUCCUGACAUUGUUCUUUCUUCUUCCAGGGUGGAUACGGCACAAACUUAGCUCCUGCAAAACUGGUCGGCAAGCUGUUCACAUCCAUUGAUAGAUCCCUUCACCGCAUGAUUGGCGCCCCGCCGCCGUCUCUUCCGCCGCUUCCUCCUGGCCAUUUGAACUCCCACGAGCAUGAUAACAUGUCGACGACUUCUAAAGUGGGAAACAUCCAGUCAGCGAUGUCCAUGUCGUCCCUGGUUUCCUCGGCAUCUGUGGAAACUAUCAGCACUGGGUGGACAGGUGAUGGUCGGAAAACCAUCCACAACAGGAGCGUCUCGGAGCCAGACUUUGGUAGAAGCCCAAAGCAGGUAUCCCCCCUAAUCUCUCCGGGCUCCUGCUUCUCUACUCCAUUUCACACAUCUUUUCUUGAUGCCAUACAGGAACAGGUGAGUCCUGGGACCAACGCUUCCCCAACAGACGGCCAGAACAAGGGCCAUGGGGCAUCUCGCCUCGGCCUCUUUGGCUCUCAGUUCCUCCAAAAGACCAUGGGCUGGAUGUCAAAAUCUCGUCAGGUAUACUCCCCCUUCGGGGUUUCCUCCCCUCCCUCACUGUGUUUGUGUUCUUCUUGACUGGACUGCACCGUCUAUUAUACGCAUAAUAAUCACUACUACCACAGGCGAAAUUGGGCGAAAGUAACAAGUUCUACUACGACGAGAAGCUCAAGAGAUGGGUCGAAGAGGGCGCCGAGCCAUUGGCAGAGCCGGCCCCUCCGCCGGCGCCGCCCACCGCCGCUGCAUUCCAAAACCAUGCACCGCCGGCGUAUGGAUCAACUCAUGCGCUUUCAACUGAAAACCUGCCUCCAAAUGGGAUGUUAGACACAAAGGCUCCCAGUCCCCCCGACUACGGCUCGGGCGUCCCGCCGAUGCCUCCCAGCCAAAAUCAGUUCUCAGCUCGCGGGCGCAUGGGCGUUCGGUCGAGGUCUGCUCUCUGCUCUCUGCAUAUAUAUAUAUAUAUAUAUAUAUAUAUAUAUAUAUAUGCUCCAAAAGAUUUCUUUCUAUCUCUACCCAUGUUCAGUUUCCAAUCUUCCUCUCUCUUUCCUCAGAUACGUCGAUACAUUCAACAAAGGGGGAGGGGCGCCGGCGAGGUCAUUCCAGUCCCCAUCUCUGCCAUCUGCAAAGCCAGCGGGCGGCGCCAAGUUCUUCAUCCCCACGCCCGUGGCGGCCGCCGAUCCCGCAGACGCUCCCUCGCAGGCCGUCCAAGGACCGCCGGGCAACGAAGACGGCUCGGCAUCGGUUGUGGAACCGGCUUCCACGUUCCUCUCAUCAGCGUCGUCUUCGUCGUCAUCAACAUCAUCACCAUCCACAAUGCAGCGGUUUCCUAGCAUGGACAAUAUUUCCUCGAACAGAAAUAAGGGAAUGGGGUCACCCCCUGACGGCAAUGGCUCCCUGGGUUCUCGAACGAGAGCAGCAUCAUGGAGUGGCACCUACCCUGAGGCGUUCAGUCAGAAGCCAUCGCCCGCUGUGAAGCCCGCCAAUGGCCGCUCGGGUGCUCCUGUUCCCUCAUUCUUUACGCCGAAUAACAGCCCGUUCUCGAUGAACCCCGCCCCCGGCCCUCUUCAUGCCAACGGCAGCGGCUUCGGGGAUGAUCUCCAGGAGGUCGAGCUCUAA